CAGAGGCAGAUCCCUAUUCAUUAUGUCCAAACCAGUGACACUGAACGUAGGGGGGAGGUUGUACAGCACUUCCCUGACCACUCUAACCCGGUACCCAGAGUCCAUGCUGGGCUCGAUGUUUAGUGGAGCAAUGCCCACCAGCAGCGACUCACAGGGGAACUACUUCAUAGACCGAGAUGGAGAAAUGUUCCGGUACAUCCUCAAUUUCCUCCGCAAUUCGCAUUUGGACCUUCCUGUUGACUUCCAAGAGUUGGAUUUGCUGAAGAGAGAAGCGGAUUUUUUCCAGAUCCAGCCUUUGCUGGAACUUCUGCAGACGGCAGACCCGAAGAUCAGCAGAAUAAAGAACGUAACGCUCAACAUUAUCCAUGAUUCAAAGGCAGUCCACUCAUGUCCUGCAAACAUUGUUACCGCCAGGUUAUUUUGCACAUCAGUUGCCUUACUGAGGCUCCUGAGUUCCAAGUUCUACUACAGGUUUGAGUGGCAAGUUUUACCUGUUUGUAAGAACCCAGAAGAUUUAAGUUUUCUGUCGGUAGAGUGGGCUGAAACCAGAACCGGAGCCACGGCAAACGACAAAAGAUUAGUUAGGGAGACCUGCAAGCCCCUUUAUGUUCUAUUUUCUCAUCAGCAAAUCUGCAGUCUAGAAAUGUUGGUCAGCCAUGUGAUAAAAAUCGCAGUCAGUGAAGGUGGAUUCUUUAUCCAUUCCUUCUCCCCGGUUUCCUCUGGCCCUGUUAUCCUGCAGUUUCACGCACAAUAG